AAUAAUUCGUCGACUUCACCUUGUGGACGAGCCAUGACAAUUUUCCUUCACUCAACAAAAGUAGAUAUUCAGAGGAAUCCAACUCAACUUUUUUGGCUGAUGGGCUGAUAGACGUGGAUGGAAUCAAAGAGUAUACAGUGGUACAGAAUGUGGAACACAAACUCAGAGAGUAUUUAAGGGCACAGGUGGGUGCAGGUGCGCUUCAGUACUGCCACACUAUUCAACUGUCACACAAAUUGAAAGACCGGGCUAAAAAGUACCUAAUUUAUGACCGUGUUGUAUUAGGAUUUUUGAAGGAUUUUUAACUUUGAACAAAGCUGCUUUGUUCUGUAGAAUUAUAAGAAUAACAACUUGUUGAUUUGAAUGAUGUAGUUGGGUUACUCCGUGGCAGUUCGUCUUCGUAGUUGCACAAUUAUAAUUUUGUUCAGUCGUAUGCGCAGGAAAAGUGGGAUAAAUGAUAGAUGAGCAGGAAACUGUUGGAUAAAUGUCAUCAGUUUUCGUACUGUGCAGUUCAUCCGAGAAAGUUUCUGCAUUGCAGUGUUAGUGAGAGCAACUUUCAUAUAUUUAAUAUACGAUGAGGGUCCACUUUGUUUUUCUUAGCAUUUUUGUGUCAUUAAUCAUGUCGCAAAGUGCGAAUGCAAAUAAAUACUCAGCAGAAGCGAAUAUAAAAGCAACCGAGCCGGAGAUGAACUUCAGGACCUUGCAAAAACCAUUUAGAAUGUCAAAACUCAACUUACUGUGGGCAAAAGCACAGCAUAGAUUAACUGAAACCAAGUUAAAGUCACUUUUUGGAGAGUUGAAAAUUCAUGACAAAGAAGAACUUGCAUUCAAGAAAAUGAAAGCAGAGGGCUUGGAUAAAGAUGGUAUGCAAGAAGCUGUUAUGAGAAAAAGAUUAAUUGGUAUUAUGAGCACAUAUGGUCUUCUGGAACAUUUUCAAGAAUUAGAGGACCCAAGAAAUCAAGGUCAACACAAAGCGUUUAAUGCAGACUCAGAAGAUUAUAUAAAUAAAAGUUUAUUCAAAGACAAAAAAUUAAAUAAACUGUGGGAGAAAGCAGAACAAGCAGGUUUCACAGCAUCAGAACUCAAAGCUCUGAGAGAAGAAUUCAAUCAUCAUCAAGACAAGAUAGAUCAAUAUUAUUCUUUGCUCAAAGAAGUUGAGGGAGGUCCUGAUAAUGAACAUGAAAAUUCAAUUGAUAAUAAACUGGAUCGUUUUAAUUCAUUGGAUGUUCAAGAAGAGAUACCCUCAAAAGAUUACUCGAGUCAAGUAAAUUCUUUGAGGGAUCAACAUCGCGAUAUUCGUGAUGGCUAUGAUAGACUUCACCGAAUAGCUGCUAGAGGACCCAAUAGCAAGGAAUUUAUAGAACCUAAAGUGGAAGGUCUUUGGAGAUUAGCUGUUAAAUCCAACUUCACUCCUAGUGAAUUGGAGUCUUUGCGGGUUGAGCUUAUGCACUAUGAAAACCGUUUGCUGAAACUAAGACACCUGCAGGCUGAAGAAGCCCUAGGUGCUGAGCGAAAGAAAGCCAAAGCAGAAUUAACCCCAGGAGAGAAACCUGAACAUUUCCUUGAUCGAGAGGUACUAAUAAAAAAACAGGCUCGGAAAGUGGAGAAAUUGCAUGAAGAGCUGGAAAAUCGUAUUCUUUCACGACACAGUGAACUCUGAAUGCUGUAAAUUUUCUUCCUAAUGAAGAUGUGUUAUGAAGAUCUGAGCAGCUGUACAUGUCUAAAUAUCACAGAUAUUUGAAAAGAAACCUACUAAACUAAAAUGUAAUGCAAAGAAAUUUGCAUUGCUCUCUUCUGCUGUGAUUAUAAAAACUGCUGUGUUUGUAGUAAUGAUGCAUGUAAUGAUUUAUCCUGUAAGCCAAUCGAUUGAUAAGGAUGAAUGUAAGAUCUUACAGGGCUAGUCAGUUAAGAUACCAGGAUGUGAAGUUAUUUUUUAAUACAUUUUGAGGGUGGUAAAAAUAUAACAAUUUAACAUCUUGUCUUUAAUACUCUAGCCUCCUGAGAUCCUUACAUUCAUUCUUAUAGUAAAUUAUGCAUGUUACGAAAGAGUGUAAUUUUUAGUAUAUGCUAUAUUGUGUUUUGAUAAGUUGUUAGAUUUUUUAUGACAUAUUCAAAUAAAUGAAAACCUGCUGCAAGUUUUAAUUUCUACACAAUAAUAUUAUGAAUAUUAUGGUAUUUGAAAUUGUUUAAUAUGAAAAACAGUGUGAUCUUAGAAUGAACUACGAAAUGAGAAAAACAUUUCAAAUUUGCAUAUUAAUUUCCAAAUGCUUUAAAAUACUAUCCACUUUGAUUAUUUAGUCACACUUUAAGAAAUUUGUCUGGCUAAGUUUAGCUCAGAGCCACUGUCUCUGCGGUGACUAGCCCAGAGGUCUUAAGGCUGAAGUCCCAACAGUAGCAGAUUUUUAAUUCUAAGUAGAUAGCUUGGUCAAAUUCAGCAGCUGCAUGGAGAAUUCUAGCAGCUAGCUGCUCUGAACAGUAGUUUUCUGUAGUUUCUCUAACACCAUGCAAAUGUGAGAGCAGUACCUGAUAAACCGAUCACAUGCGAUCUUUCCUUCCUCUUCCUUGUCCUACCCUCUCACCUCACAUUUACAUGCAGUACACUAAC